CGACCGCGUCGUUAUGGAGAAGGAUAGGCGUGGUCACUGAGCGCUUGCUUCGGACAUUUUUGUGAUCCCAAUUCAGGGGCAAUAACCUGAACCUAUCAAACAGAAAACCGAGUCUGAAUUUUUCUUCCACGGUGUCUGAACGGCUAUCGGAUUGAAGAUGUUUUACACAUGCGGACCCAAUGAAGCUAUGGUGGUGUCUGGCUUUGGCCGUUCUCCACCUCUUAUGAUUGCUGGUGGAAGAGUGUUUGUCUUCCCGUGUAUUCAACAGAUCCAGAGAAUCACACUGAACACCCUGACUUUAAAUGUGAAGAGUGACAAAGUCUACACUCGUCAUGGGGUCCCUAUCUCUGUCACUGGUAUUGCCCAGGUGAAGAUCCAGGGCCAGAACAAGGAGAUGUUGGCCACUGCUUGUCAGAUGUUUAUGGGCAAGUCUGAGUCUGAGGUUGCUCAGAUUGCACUGGAGACACUGGAGGGACACCAGAGAGCCAUUAUUGCCCAUUUGACUGUGGAGGAGAUAUACCAGGACCGUAAGAAGUUUUCUGAGCAGGUCUUCAAAGUAGCCUCCUCUGACCUGGUCAACAUGGGCAUCGGUGUUGUCAGCUACACGCUCAAAGACGUUCAUGAUGAUCAGGACUACCUUCACUCACUGGGUAAAGCCAGAACAGCCCAGGUGCAGAAGGAUGCCAGGAUUGGAGAGGCUCAAUACAAACGGGAUGCUGUUAUCAGGGAGGCACACGCAAUGCAGGAGAAGGUGUCCGCUCAGUACAAGAAUGAGAUCGAAAUGGCAAAAGCCCAGAGGGACUACGAGCUGAAGAAAGCAGCCUAUGAUGUUGAGGUCAACACCAAGAAGGCAGAGUCUGAAAUGGCCUAUCAGCUUCAGGUGGCCAAGACCAAGCAGCGGAUUGAGGAGGAGACAAUGCAGGUUCAGGUGGUGGAGCGUACACAGCAGAUUACUCUGCAGGAGCAGGAGAUCAUCCGCAGGGAGAAGGAGCUGGAGGCUAAAAUUAAGAAGCCUGCAGAUGCUGAGAAAUACAGACUCGAGAAGCUGGCCGAAGCACAGCGCCUGCAGCUCAUCAUGGAGGCUGAGGCCGAGGCCGAGUCCAUCAGAAUGAGAGGUGAGGCAGAGGCCUUUGCUAUGGAGGCCAAGGGCCGUGCUGAGGCCGAGCAGAUGGCCAAAAAGGCAGAGGCCUUCAAGCAGUACAAGGAGGGAGCCAUGGUGGACAUGCUGCUGGAAAAACUGCCACUGAUGGCAGAGGAGAUCAGCAAGCCUCUGUCUGCAGCCCAGAAGGUCACCAUGGUGUCCAGCGGUGGCUCAGAGGUGGGAGCUGCCAAACUGGCCGGAGAGGUGCUCGACAUCAUGACCAAGCUGCCGGCCGCCGUGGAGAAACUCACCGGGAUCGACAUCUCCCAGGUUACGGGAAAGACCGCCCGUGUGCAUUAAGAAGAGAGUGAGCGUAAAAGCUCCACGAACACGCCACUGUAUUGAUUCUGUAGACACCAUAGCUCUGUCUCAUUGAUUAUGUGCAUGUAUGUUUUCACUGGUGUGCACUGCUGAGGAACUGGGUCCAUGUUCUGAUGUUCUUUACCUUUUAAUGGAAAACAUUUGGAUACGUUUCAGCUGGAGUUCAGAUGUCUUCCUGUGAUUUUCAGUUGAUCAAGUAAUACAAACCAUGCAUGCUGAUUCAGGUAGCCCAUCUCCCAAGUGCUGCUGUUCUCCUUGACAAUACUCUUCUCACUGCAACACAUAUACAACACACCUUUGUGCUCUGCUUGUCGGAGCAUUCACCUGUAGGCUCUAAGUCUGAGGAAUCUAAACGUUUCUUUGUGAGAAGUGACGAGAGAGCCCACAACAAAUACUAAUGCUGUGCAUAUUCUACAUUUAAUCUACAUGAGUCGUCUGCCUCAACUCUCGCUAACCUUUUUUUUUCACCUCAUAGUUUCUGUGCAUGGGAAUAUUCUUGUACUAACCACAGCUGAGUUUUUUCAUUGUAUUUGUGUCACAGUAGAUGCAUGUACAUAGCUGAGUGCUGCCUUCAGAACUGUAACGAUGAAGGAUUUUUAUUGUUUAAGACUGAAGGGAAAGGAAGUGGUUGAAAGCAACAAGUUAUGAGGGUUACCUGCAAAGUGCAGUGAAACCAUUGUGGUGGAAAAAUCUAUGUUGACUUUUGUCCUUGCUGAAGUGUUUUUCUUCUUCCAUGUCACAUUCUCUACUCUUUGUUAGUAUAGAUGGACCACUCACUCACUAACUAGCCUGCUGCUUUGAUGUGCUUGUUGCCUUGAGUCUAAAAUCACGUAGAAAUGUGUUUUUUAUCUGUUGUACUGAUUUAUAAUCAUUUGAUCUCAAGUGUUGUAGAUUUUGGCAGAUUGUUUGACUUCUUUGUAGUUUUGGGACUUGCUCAGGAGUUUCCAUUGUGUUUUCUUACUCCCCAAUACUCCAAAAUUUUCCGGCUGUUAAGACUUAUGCAUUUAGACACCACCAAGUGCCUGGUCAAGUCUCCUCAAACAAGCUGACUGCUGCAGAUGAAAAUGUUAAAACUUCAAUCAGUGAGGACUUCCUCCUAUCGUACUGACUUAAAGCCAUCGUUCUCACUGUUGACAACUGUUGGAUAACUGUGUUGGAAAUGCCAAACUAGUCUUGACUCCUUUUAUACAUUCUUGUGAUAAUUACUUUCCUUUAACAAAUACAUAUGUUGCUUCUGGUAAUGCAAGCGACAGAGUAGCUGUGCUUUGUCAGUCCAAUUUUAUAACUAUAUAUAUAUAUAUAUAUAAAUAUAUAUUAGUGAUGGCCAAUCGAGGCUUUGUUGAAGCUUCCACACUUGAUUCAAAAAAAGGUUCAUUACUGGAAGUUUCAAUGACACGGCGCUCGGUUGUGACAUCUAGUGGACAAUAAAAUAUAAUACAAUCAA